AACAACGAAACCCUCGCUGCUUCACCAGCAAGUCAGAGAGAGAGAGAGUAAAAAGAAAACCGGAGGAGGAGGAGGAAGAAGAAGACCAGAGAAAGAGAGAGGCACAAAAACAAAGAAAGGGUUUGUGUUUUUUUCAAUCUGAGAAAAAAUGUCUGAGAACAAACCAAUCCCUCCAGAGUUCGAUCUCAAUGCCAAGUGGGACGCAUGCCUCGAUCUGAGCAUCCGUAAAAUCGCUUACUCCUCCUUGGCCGGAGCUUUUGGCGGUCUCCUUCUCUUGAGGAGUCCUGUGACACGCUGGGCGGCAGUAGCUUUUGGUGCUGGAGUGGGAGUUGGAGCUGCAUACACGGAGUGUAAUUACAAAUAUUAUGGUGUUCCUGUGCAUUCAUCACCUACUAACGUUUCUGAGUCUUCUCCUUCUCCGGAUGCACAGGACUGAGAUCAAAGAUUAUUGAAGUAACCCUGAAGUUGUUUGCCUUUUUUGUUCCCUGUUGGCUUUUUACCAUUUAGUAUCAAGAUUGUUGGGAUGUUUAAUCCUUAAGCUCAAAAAUAUACUGCAAGGUUCUGAUGAACCCUUUUGCCAUUUGCUCUGUGUCUCUAUUUUACAAGAGAAGGAAAGAGAAAUAAUUUCUUUUUAUUGCA